CUUCCCCCUCUCCCACCACGUCCCACCUGUGUUCCCUAGCCAUGGCAGCGACCUCAUCCGGUGCGCUGCGCGCGCUCAGCAGGGAGGAACGGUAUGCUGGUGGAGUAUCAGAUCUCAUGAACUGCUUAGAUGAGCAGCUGCGUCCCGAGCCUCGCCUCUGCUGGGACUUCGAGACCUUGCAAGCUCACCUGCAGCAGCAGCGCCGGCGCCAGGCGGAGCGUGUCCUGGCCCGGCGCUUGGAGUCCUUACGGGCCGUUUCCCAGGCCCAAGCAUCUUUGGGGCGCUUUUUGGACCGACGCACCAGCAGCGUCCAGGAGGCCUCCUGUGCUGCCUCCGAUGCGCAAGGCCGGCUGAACCGCUUGCAGGAGCAGAGCCAAACCGUCCGGGUCUCAGCGCUGAAACGAGCGCAAGCCUCCCUGGCCGAUGCUGAGCAGCGCGCCUUGCAGGAGGCACGCGCACGGCAUCUACUGCUGGACCAGCGAGAGCAGGAGCUGGCGACGCUUCUGAAGCUCAGUGGGUCUCUGAGGUCCAAGUCCAAGGCGACGGCUGAGAACCUCACAAGGAUGCGCGAGACGCUGGAGGCAGCGCAAAGACAAGCCUCCGAUGUCUUGGAAGAGAAGAGUUAUAUGGAGGAGCGACGUGUGCAGAUCGAAGCACGCGAGGCCUCCUUGCCUGUCAUGGAACGAGCUUGGAAGGAGGUGGUGGCCCAAGUUGGCCGGGAUCCUAAGAAACGCCCUGCUUUGCUGGCAAUGGCCAUCGAACACAUCAGCAAUGAGCUCCUCAAGGACCAGCGCUACAUCAGCUGCUUUACUGCCUUGGAGCAAAAAGUCUCCUCCGACGAUCGCCGGGGCGAAAACCCACCGCUUCGGCGCGUGGUGCGAGAAGCGGCCAGCGAGCGCCGUCGCACGCCGCGCAGAAGCACGCCGUGCCAGGAGGUCCCAGCACCAGUCUCGGCUGCAUCAGAAACGUUGGAGGAUGAUUUGGAGGUUGAGUUGGAGGUUGAGGUAGAUUCUCCGGCGGAUGUGGACGGCGACGGAGAGGUCAUUUGGACUCCACGUGAGUCGGUCACCGCGGUGCCCGGUUCGGUGGUCGGUUCCGCGGCUCUGGAGCGGAUGGGAGCUUCGAAGACUCAAGAGGAAGAUCAGGCCACUUCGACUGAGCCUGAGAUGAAGAAAGUGGUCACCAGGUCAAUCACGGCACCGCCACGGAGGCUGCACCGCUGGCCGCCAUCAAGCGCAAGUGGGCGAGUGUUGGUGCAGACGAUCCCAUCUGCGCGCCUCGAAGCGAGCCCUGUGCGCCAGGCCGUGCGGCAAUGCUCUCAACCCUCGACCUUGCUGGGCAGCAACACCUCCCAACCCUCGGAGGCCCUGAGGUUCGUCUCGGCCGCCUCUCCGCCCGCGGCGCCGCGCUCGCUGGAGCCGCCCUCCACGCCACAGAUGCCUCCAAGACCUCACUGGCUCGAGAUCAGAGCUGGGGAGCUUCUGGGUGAACCCAGCUGGGACUGCAAGCACCACUUAGUUUCCCUAUUCGCCACAAGCACUGCAGCCUGUCAUGAUGCCUGCCGCUGGACACGCCGGACACGCCGGACACACCGGACACGCUGUGCAGCUGCCGUCGCCCGCAGUGGCGCCCGCAGCGCCCGCGUCCUACAGCGUCCCACGGUUUCCAGCGCCAACGGUGAUGAGCCCCGCACAGAGGACGGUGGUGUGGACGGUACAGCGGUGAAAAAAGAAGUGCGAAGGAACGGCUCGGCUUGGAAUCUGGGUGUUUUGGUGGAAGUGGGUGGAACUCUGGUUUCGGUGGGGAAAGUGUCAUCCGAUUUGGGCUCAGGCCCCCUCCACGUGGACACCUAUCACGUGGGACCGAUGCAGGUGGAUCACCAACCCUUCGGGAUGAUCCGAGAGAUGUCCGGGGAGGUGUUUGCCUCCUUUCCCUUCGAAGGGAUCCUGGGCUUAGCCUUCCCCUCCCUCUCCUUCGCUCACAUCGAGCCCUUCUUCGAACGUGUCAUCAAGAACAAGCUGUUGCGACAAAAUGAGUUCGCGUUCUACCUCAAUGUCGACAGCAAUCGCCCUAGUGCCUUGCUGUGGGGAGGCGUGGAUAAGGAUCUCUAUGAGGGAGACAUCGUCAUGUUCCCCGUGGUGAAGCCACACUAUUGGGCCCUGGAGCUCGUGGACUUCAGGAUCGGCAACCGCUCACUCCUCGGCAAAAAGCCCACUUAUUUGAUUGUGGACACCGGAACCACCUACUUCACCGCACCAGAGUCUAUCUAUGGGGCAAUCAUGGACUCCUUCCCAGAGGCUCCGUGUUCUCAUGUUGAGAAGACCUAUCUGCCAUUGACCUAUGUCCUUCGAAGUGGCCCGAGCAGCACCUGGGAUCUUAAGGUCUCCCAAGAGACGUACAUGGUGGGCGACGACGCAGACAACUGCAUGCCUGCUUUCAUGAGGCUUGACAUCAAGAAAGAGUUCGGCCCUGCCAUGAUCCUAGGGGAGGUCUUUAUGCGCCAUUUCUUCACUGUCUUUAGUCGUGGCAGUGGGGAUUUGAAUGAGGCCAAAGUGGGCUUUGCGCCAGCAAAGCUGGGUCAGACGCCCAAGGUCACUUCGAAUUCUUCCUUUCAGACCGCGACCAGUCCGGAGGCCUCUUUGAUCCGUCGUGAGCGGUAG